AUGGCUGCCCUUGCCAUGCCUCAGGCUCCUGAGCCUCUGAAUCACUCUCUUUUGGAUGCGGAUGACGGAACAGCUUCUGUGGAUAAUGCACCAAUCCUUGAAUAUUUUGUUCUCAAGCAAGAGGUCAACCUCGAGGUCAACUUUCGCGACAAGCGCAUCGACGGAACAACCGAUAUUUUCCUCGUAACAUUUAACGACAAGGUCGACGACAUAGUAUUGGAUGCCGCCGACUGCGAGAUCGAUACCGAAAAUGUCUACGUUGCCGAACUUCGAGAAAUCAACGGUGAUAUUGUCGAGGGCCAAAAGCGAAAGACUGCUGCGACCUACAACGACCCGUAUGCGAAACUAUCACAUCCCGCAAGCUGGAGUUUGAGGGCCGACCAUCACGAUAUUCGCCGCAAACGCGCUCAGUCUUUAUUCAGCAGCCGAAAGAAAGAUGUCCCCGCCGAACAUAGAGAGUUUGCGGGGUGCACCCCAGUCUAUCGAUCGCUCAAGGUGAAUUUGCGUGGCAAGGCCGAGCCAGAUCGUCCGAGACUCAUCAUCAGGAAAUCGAUGUUAAGUGCCGACUCGACCGAGAAAACAAACAAGCAGUACAAGAUCACCAUACCUUUUACUAAUGUUAACCCGCGAGAUGGAAUACAAUUUGUCGGUGUCGACCCCCUGGAUAACCGAUUCACGCACAUGUACACACGAAGCUCAAUACAUCCCGGGACUUCAUCUUGCAUCUUCCCAUGUGUGGAUGAUCAUGGAUCACGGUGUGAUUGGAGGAUAUCAAUCAAGUAUCCCCGUACAUUGGGUGAUGCUCUACAGCAAGCACUUGCAACGCAGCAGAAUGGCAACAACCCAGACAAGAUGCAGAUUGAUGGCCAAGAACGAGCCUCUUACCUUGCCGAGGAAGACAAGCUCCGGGAAAUGUCAGUCGUCUGCUCAGGAUUCCUUAUGGAGGAAAUAGUCGACCCUGAGGACGACCACAAAAAGAUCAUGACUUUUGAGCCCGAGAAAAAAGUAUCCGUACAGAAGCUUGGUUUUGCUGUAGGCCCCUUUGAGCAUAUCGAUCUGUCCUCCGAAUUCCGAACCGAAGAGGAUGAGAUGAAGCUUGGUAUGAACGCACUCAAAGUGCACGCCUACUGCCUACCGCACCGUGCCGACUGGGUUCGCAAUACAGCAGCAGCCACCACUAUGGCGGCCGACUUCUUCACCUUCACGUUCGCUCGAUAUCCCUUUGGCAACUUCAAGCUGUGUUUCCUCGACGAUAUGGUUCAAGAUACUGUGUCAUUUUACUCUAUGGCUUUUAUCAGUAAUCGCUUAUUGUUUCCCGACGAUAUCAUCGACACAGAGAUAGAUGUCACUAGAAAAAUCGUCCAUACAUUGGCUUAUCAAUGGAUCGGCAUCAACAUGAUUCCUAACACGAGGAACGACAUGUGGCUCAUUAUUGGCAUUGCGCAUUUCAUGACCGACCUUUUCAUGAAGAAACUGUGCGGAAACAAUGAAUACCGGUUCCGGAUGAAGACGUUGUCUGAUAAGCUCGUUCAGGUGGACGUUGACCGACCUUCUCUCUACGAUCUCGGUGCUUAUCUCCACUUGGGGGAGUUCGAGAUGGAUUUUAUGGCCCUUAAAGCUCCUGUGAUUUUCUUCAUCCUGGACAAGCGGCUUAUCAAGGCUUCAGGAGGACAUGGUCUGACCCGCAUCCUCUCCAAGAUGCUGACAAAAGUUCAGAUCGAGGGUUCUGAUAAGGCUACUAUCCUUGAAACGGAGAAAUUCCGAGCAACGUGCGAGAAAGGAGCCAAAUACCGACUGGAGAGCUUUUGGAACCAAUGGGUUUAUGGCUCAGGCUGCCCCCGGUUCGAUGUCAAGGCAAAAUUCAACAAGAAGCGAUUAUGUGUUGAACUUACAUUGAAUCAAAUUCAGUCCAUGAUGGUCAAGAAAGCCCCGCUGGAGAAGGAAGACUUUCUACGCGUUGUCAAGGAACGUCGGUCUGGUGUUAAGGCCAGCGAAGUUCAGCCAUUGUUUACUGGCCCGAUGACUGUUCGAAUACACGAAGCUGACGGAACCCCUUACGAGCACAUUCUGGAGAUCCGCGAAGAUGCCACAAGAUCCACAAAGUUUGAAAUUCCAUACAACACGAAAUACAAGAGACUCAAGAGGACUCGGCGGAUGAAAGAAAAGCAAAACGUGGGCGCCAGCAUGGAUGCGGAGAAUCUAGAUGACACUCUACUGUACUGUCUGGGUGACGUUCUCCAAACACCAGAGGAGCAGGCCCAAUGGGAGUUGAUUGAUUGGGAUCCAGAAACCGAACGCAAAAUGGACCAGGAAUCGUACGAAUGGAUCCGCGUAGAUGCUGACUUCGAGUGGUCUUGUGAUAUGAAACGGACACUGGAACCAUACAUGUAUGUGUCGCAACUGCAGCAGGACAGAGAUGUUGUUGCUCAGCAGGAUGCCAUGCUAUAUCUUACACAGGGCCCUUUACAUCCCAUCGCAUCAGGUUUCCUUACCAGAACUCUUGUGGAUCGUCGCUACUUUCAUGGCAUUCGGACCAUGGCCGCGGAGGCACUACCACGACAAGCCAACAUCAAGGACUUGUCCAUGCUUGGUCUUCGACAACUAAUGAAGGCUUUCAGCGAAAUGUUUUGUCAUAAGGGAACGAAUCAGCCCAAGCCAAACGACUUCUCGGACAAGAGGCAGUACAACGUCCAGUGUGCCAUCAUCAAGGCCAUUGCACAAGUCAGAGACGCAAACACAUACAAAUGUCCGCUUGAAGCUCGUCAGUUUAUCCUCGACCAACUCCUCUUCAAUAACAACGAAGACAACCCUUUCUCCGACCAUUUCUACAUCGCGACUCUUGUGGAAGCCCUUGCGACUUCUCUUAUUCCUUCUAAACAAGACGAUUGGUUUGCCAUGCAAAACAAGAUUCCCAACGAAGAGGAAAAACAAUUCCUGGAAAAGGCCAUCGAGCAAAUUGAGAGAGUUCUUCGCCGGGACGAGUGGACGCACUCGUAUCAGAAUGUCUGGACCAUUGCUGGCCUCAGUGCAAAGCAACGGCUCAUGAAAGCAGAUGUGAUUCCGAAGAGUUACGGCGACUUCGGCCAGUACCUCCUCGAUGGAACGAGAGAUCUUAUCCGUAUCAAGGCGUUCGAAGGUUUAAUCGACUUGGGGGCCAUGCUGGAUCCUACGGUGUUUUCAUUCUUGACCUACGCCCUCAUUACUGAUCGGUCGCCAUAUGUUCGAAACAAACUCAUCGAGGCCGCUGCCUCUGGCUUAGCAGCCAUCGCUUUUGGGGAGCACACGAAAGUCACUAAGAAUGAAUCUCCCCCCGAAGACGAAGAGGGAGAUCUAUUGCUGGUGCAAGACAGUGCCCAGGAGAUUGAGGCGCGAAAAGAAAUGUUCGCGCGAAAAGAAAACUUGGACGCAGCACUCAAAGCUCUUCGUAGGGAAAUGGAGCAAACGUAUGGAGGUGAUGAGCGUCAUUAUAGUACUGCUAUGCGCAAGGCCCUGGACCACCCAGAUCUUGGGCGGGGUGAGAUGGAAAGCAUGUUGGACUUGGCUGCGAUGAUGUUUGAGGAAGCCGGUGACUGGGUGGUCACAGUUCCCUUGCCAAAGGCCUGGUCAGUGGAGAGAGAGAGGCCUGUGCAGCAGCUCUCCAAUAGCUUGAUGAUGAAGUUCAAGGCUCAUUACAAGACGAAACCAAAAGACCCUGUCGUUCAACCACUACCCCUUCCAGCCCCCGCGCCUGUCGCUCCUAUUGCUGCCCCUGCGGAGCCUAAGAGACCCGUGCCCUUGCAAAAGACUUCGUCUAUCAAAAUCAAUACGCACAAGACGGCGCCUCCUCAGCGGCCGAGCGUGCCGCCUCAACGCCCAAGUAUUGCCGCUCCGGUUCAAAGUCCAAAGCCGAGCCAAACCAAGGGAGAACGAGACACUAUUGUUGCCUCUCCUGUUCUUUCCCGGCAACCAAGUGCUUCCUCUUCAUCAGGUUCAAAGCCUUCAUGGCCACCCGAGCCUCCCUCUUCCACUAAUGCCAAGCGACCCCGACCAGACAAGGAUGAACACCACACUCCUGCACCAAAGCGUCCGAAGGUUGAGAAACCCUUUGGAGCCGACUCUGGCGUUGCCGCCAAGAAGAAGAAGAGACGCAUGGUUAGGCUCAAGGUUACACCACAUCGCCUUGCCAGCGUGAUGAAAGACCAGAAGAAACCCAUCAUUAGUGGGCGAACAUCACUACCAUCAGGCGGCUCUAGAGAUGGUCCUCUCCUUCUGUCAAACUCAAGGUCAGAUUCGAUUACAGCCAAGCCCGCAAGAAAACCCCUUCCAACAGGUGACGCGGCACGAAGGCCCUUGCCCGGAGGCCCCGCGUCAUCACCACCGGAAAGAAAGAUUUCUUUGAGCACACAUUCAAACUCAACGCCGAAGCCCAAGUCUGCGAGCCCGGCGACAAGUACGCCACCUCCCGGAGCACCACCCGCUCCACGAACGAAGAUCAAGAUCAUCAGAAAGUCGAAUCCACAACCACCACCGGCUUCUUAA